GCAGAUGCCUAUAUAAGCCAGCCAUGCGUGGCCUGUUCCAUCCAUCGAUCCAUCCAUCCAUCCAUCGCUAUUUACUUCCCACAGGCAAGUAGUGGAGUUCGAUUCAGGGGUUCAGCCAUGGCAGCUCCGAGAGCACUCGUCCUCGGCGUCCUGCUGCUGAUCGCCGUCUCCAACACCGAGGCGGCGUCCGUCGUCGUCGGCAUGGCCAAGUGCGCCGACUGCACCAGGAAGAACAUGAAGGCCGAGGAAGCCUUCAAGGGUCUUCAGGUGGUGAUCAAGUGCAAGAACGUCUACGGUGACUAUGAGAGCAAGGCGGUGGGUGCCCUCGAUGGCACUGGCGCCUUUAGCGUGCCCCUGGCCGCCGACCUCCAUGGCGCCGACUGCAUCGCUCAGCUCCACGCUGCCUCCAACGCGCCGUGCUCCGGCCAGGAGCCAUCCAAGAUCGUGCCGGUGUCCGAGGGCACCACCUUCGGCAUCAUGGCCGGCGCCAACACUGCCACGCCGUCCGCGGCGUCGCCUGAGUGCGCGUCCAUGACCCUGUGCGGGCCGAUCAAGAAGCACAUCAUCGAGCACUUCCACCACAAGAAGCCCGUGCUGCCCAAGCCGGAGCCCAAGCCCCAGCCCCACCCGGACUACGGCCCCGUGCCCAAACCCGAGCCCAAGCCGCAGCCCCAGCCGGACUACCACCCCGUCCCUCCCACGCCCACCUAUGGCGGCGGCGGCGGUGGUGGAUACCACGGCCACCACUGAGUCUGGUCUGCCACUGUCCGGCUAAGCACCAAAAUCUCAUCACCGGUUACAUGAUCAGUGUCAGUGAGUG